AAAUCACCAUGGUGCUGUCUCCUGCUGACAAGACCAAUGUCAAGGCUGUUUGGGAGAAGAUUGGCAAGGUUGACACGUAUGGCACAGAGGCCCUGGACAGGAUGUUCAUGUCCUUCCCCAGCACCAAGACCUACUUCGCCCACUUUGACCUGAGCCCUGGCUCUGCCCAGAUCCAGCAGCAAGGCAAGAAGGUGGCUGAUGCUCUAGCCCUUGCUGCAGCCAACAUGGACAACCUGCCUAGUGCCUUGUCCUUCCUGAGCGAUCUGCAUGCRCACAAGCUGCGUGUGGACCUAGUCAACUUCAAGCUCCUGACCCACUCCCUGCUGGUGACCCUCGCUGCUAACUACCCAGAGGAAUUCAACCCUGCGGUGCAUGCCUCCCUGGACAAGUUCUUGGCCUCUGUGAGCACCGUGCUGACCUCCAAAUACCGUUAAGCUAGAAACUUGAUGGCCACACCCAUCCAUGMCAGCCUUGCCUCCCGGCCAGGCCUCCUCCCCUCCUGGCACC